CUCUCUCCUCACUCGCACAGCUCCGAGGUCCCAACCAACAGAGCCGAUCACACACGCUCUCCUCGCCGCCAAGAUGUUCGGGUUCGGGCACCACCACAAGGACCAGGCGCCGGCGGCGUCGGGCCCCAACCAGAUCUUCAAGAUCUACUGCCGGGCCUCGGAGGACUACUGCCUCGCCGUCCGCGACGGCGAGGUGGUGCUCGCCCCCGUCAACCCCAAGGACGAGACCCAGCACUGGCUCAAGGACAUGCGCUUCAGCACCACCGUCAAGGACGAGGAGGGCAUGCCGGCCUUCGCGCUCGUCAACAAGGCCACCGGCCUCGCCGUCAAGCACUCCAUCGGCCAGUCCCACCCCGUGAAGCUGGUGCCGUUCAACCCGGCGUACGAGGACGCGUCGGUGCUGUGGACGGAGAGCAAGGACGUGGGCAAGGGCUUCCGCUGCAUCCGCAUGGUCAACAACACCCGCCUCAACUUCGACGCCCUCAACGGAGACAAGGACCACGGCGGCGUGCACGACGGCACCACCGUCGUGCUCUGGGAGUGGUGCAAGGGGGACAACCAGUGCUGGAAGAUCUGGCCCUGGGCCGAGGCGCACGCCGCCGUCGAGUCCGGCGCCACCAUGGGCAACAACGCCCACGCCAUGGGCGGCGGCCCCCCCGUGCAUGCCGUGCGCGUCUUCUGCAAGGCCGGCGAGGACUACAGCCUCACCGCCCGCAACGGCACCGUCUGCCUCGCCCCCACCAACCCCAGGGACGACUACCAGCACUGGAUCAAGGACAUGAGGCACAGCAACAAGAUCAGGGACGAGGAAGGGUACCCUGCGUUUGCGCUGGUGAACAAGGUCACCGGCGAAUGCAUCAAGCACUCCACCGGCCAGGGCCACCCCGUGAAGCUGGUGCCGUACAACCCGGCGUACCAGGACGAGUCGGUGCUGUGGACGGAGAGCCGCGACGUGGGCAAGGGCUUCCGCUGCGUCCGCAUGGUGAACAACAUCUACCUCAACUUCGACGCCUUCCACGGCGACAAGGCCCACGGCGGCGUCCACGACGGCACCGAGGUCGUGCUCUGGAAGUGGUGCGAGGGCGACAACCAGCGCUGGAAGAUCCUCCCCUGGUAGAUGAGAUGCCAGGAGAGCUGCCGCAUUGCCAUCGACACAUCGCCAUGGAUUAGUCCGGGGACAAGCCCCCCCGCCCCGAGUCGUCGUCCGUCCGUCCAUCGUCGUCGUAGUAGUCCUCUGCCGCUGGUAGCGAAUAAUGUUGCUGUGUCCAAAUAAAACCGUGUGCGAUGUGUGGCAAUGGUGUCUGUGUGCGUCCGUCGUGUGUCGCCUUGUGAUUGAAUGAUUGAGCCGGCGUUUCUGCGAGGAAGAAGAGAGUGUUGGAGAGAGUGAGGAGAGGGACCAUGAUUCUGAAGUCUGAACUUUGAUGUAGUAACUCGUCUGUGUUUCUCUUGGUACUGGGACCUGUACUGUGCUACUCUGUGACCUGCAUUGUCUCCAUUUUUCUGCGAUCUAAUCAAUGGGCUCACCUAUCUUCUAGUA